AACGAACAAAAAAUAGUCAAAAAAAAUGCUAUUUUGAAAUUGUAGAAAAUAGAAAUACAGAAACACUACAUAAAAUUAUUCAAAAACAUAUUAAAAAAGGUUCAGUUGUUUAUAGUAAUUCAUGGCCUUCAUAUUGUGGUAUUGAAAAAUAUGGACUAAAACAUAAACGA